AUGAAGAUGAAUGAAAUUGGUGUUGACGAGAAUAAGAUCGAAGCAUUAGUCCAGUUGGGCCUCCCACGAGAUGCCGCCGUACAAAGUUUGAAGUCUUGCAACGGCCAACUUGAGAGGGCAGCAGAGUAUUAUUAUGGCGGAGACUACCAGAAGGCCCAGGAUAGUGUAAAAUGGAGCGAAGAGGUUUGGGCCGCACCUAGGGAGGGCCCGACUGGUCCAGCCCUACCACCAGAGUUUCGCAUACAAUCAUUGGAUGUGCUACCCCCCAGUGUCUUUGAACCCGACUCUCGGCCGCCUUCUAGAAUCUCAAACCGGAAACCAAUCGAUUUAACGGACGGAGACGAAAACGAUCCCGAACUUGCUCGAGCUCUGGCAGCUUCAUUACAAGAAUCUUCUGGAGACCACUCUGGUGGCUACUUCAGUCAACAGGAAAGCGGAAUUACGCAUACUUCACCAACGAACCCCAAUUUUGGGCGAGCACCGCCAGAACGAGAGUAUGAACCCAAUCAGUGGGCUUUGACCACAACACAGACCCAUGAGAUAUUUCUUGACCCUUUCCCUGCAGAUAGGAAGCGUAUACAAGGAGAUCCAUCGUUUCUCAGACCUGAUAAGUCAGGGGGCAAUCUUGCUGCUCUCAUCACAAUACUUCACGCUAUUCCAGGUGCCAGAGAGGCCCUCUUGUUCAGAACACUUGUUAGUCCGGAUUACGGUCAUGAUGACCAAUGGUGGAACGGGCAGACGAUCAGAAAAUUGAGGAUUGUUAAUGUCGAUGAACAUCUAGAGGCAUUCGCACCCGAGGAGAUAGUAGAGGCCCAGCGUCUGAUGGCCUUCUUAGACCAAACAACAAGAGCUUAUGGAAGUGUUGAAGGGCUAUCUUCUUUACAAUCCAUACAGAAUGAUCCGCAUAGUGCAGGGAUCAUAGCGGCUUUCUUUGACGCCUGGAGAAUUGCCACUGAUAAGGUUGUUUAUGAUCUGGGCGAGAAUGUACAUUUUGUAAACCCGUUUGUAUCAACGGCUACCCAGCGCCCUCGAGAGGCCUCGAUUUCCGAAGUUGAACCCCAAAUUAGUCAUCAGAAAUUCGGAGAUCUUACCCUCAUAUCGUAUGCAGAAGAUGCCACACUUUACGAUGCGAUUGACAGAGUGGUUUGGAUACUGGAUGAUAAUGAUGUUUUCGUGGAAUUUUCGGAUGUUCUCUGCAUAUCAAUUAAACCUGAUAUCAACGAUAUUCCGCGUAUAGGUUGCAGGCUGGAUAUCCCGAUGACUUUCUAUCCAGACCGAUAUACUGAAGAUUGGAUUGAGCCUGUCCGAGAAAUCAGAAAGCAAAUAGAGGAAAAACGGGCUUUGAUUGUCGAUAUUGAAAUAAAAGAGGAGAAAUUGAGGAAUUUCAGGUCUAAGAAGAUCGGCGGACGAAAUCCUACAUACGAUCCGAAAAUACUUUUAGAAUCUGUGAUUGAGCACCUAUCGACUCCACAACCACCAACACCCUCUCCCGCUGAUGAUGGGCACGAGGAUGUGCCCACCGAGAGCCAGAAGGAUAAGCCAGAGUUGCAACAAGACGCUGAUAUACAGUCCCAAAUGGGUGACAGUCUGUAUUCCCAGGAUCGAGAUCAAGACACGGUUCAUAUGUUGAAAAGCAUUCUUUCACAGCUAGAAAAGAAAUUGGACGACCUCUCAGUGAAAAAGGAAGAGGCCCAUAAAGAAUUUAAGAAGCUCAAGGAUUUAUUAACAUCACCCGAAACUUCCGAUCCGAACUUACCUGCUCUAACAAAAUAUUCACUGCGUGGCUUCUCUACUGAACCAACUGUAGUUUACGUGCUUAUUCCGGAUGACACUAUCGGGGUCUCUAUCGAUGGCGCUUCUUCAAGUUCCGCCAAUACAUCCGGAGAGCAAUGGUGGUGUAUUCACUGGGGAACAACCUCUAACUCAGGAUGGGAUGAUACCCCUACAGCGAGUUAUGAGGUCAAGAAGGUGGCCCUAGAAGAAGUUCAAUCGACGAUGAAAAACACAGGCGACGGUUCAUUAUUACUAGUUUACGCCAAUGACAAUGCCCUCAUACCUCCAGAUGGUGUACACAUGUUUUUACCAACAGCCCUCCAAACAUUUGUCGAGAGGGAUAACGCCGCGUUUAAGGCAGAGCUACAGCCUACUUCUCCAGGGAAAAAGCGACACAGCGACUGGCUAGAAGACGAAGAUGAAGCGGUGGAUAUGAACAGUUUCUUGUCCAAAAAGGCAUCUUCCUCGAGAAGCAGUGUGACGCUUGAGAACGAAGCCCCAGCCACGCGUCGAAACAGCUUGGAAGGCGCCGAAAUGGAGAUGACAGAAGGAGUAGAUCCGACAGCAACAUUAGGGGAGACAAUGAUAACCCAUCUUCCAGAUGGUAAUUUUAUAAACACUUCAGAACUGGCACCUCCUCCUCGUCAAGAGGAGAUGACGGAGAGGGGGCAUAUCUCACCUGUUGCAAAAGCUUUCCAUUUGGACAAGAAUAGGGAAAGGGAUAUUGAAAUGAUGGAUGUGGAACAUGUGGAAAAUGCAGGCACCGAAUUAGAGGAUUUGGCAAAGACCUGA